AGAGUUAAACAACUAGCGCCCGCACCGGACUUCAGGAUUGGCAAGUGCUCGCGACCGGUCUUGGCUACCGGGAAUUGACAUGUCAUAGUCACGUACCAUUUAGCAGUCCGCCGGCGAGAAGCGAGCUGCAGGCGCAGAACCAAAGUCUCUCACCAGAAUGCGCGGAAUGGCGGAGGUGCAGGAAAUCAGGAAGCUCAUGAACAAUCUAGAUGAUGAAAUAGCAAAGAACGCGGAGGAUCGACGGCAGAUUGUCAAGUACCUGUUCAGUGCCCUUGCUGCGCACACCCUGGCCUCCAAUCGCGCUCGUAACGGGGAGGAAGAGGGUGAGAAGGCACGUAAGUUCGCGCUGCAACUCAAGUUGCUUGAGGGUUCCCGAGCCCGUCUGCGCACGCGCCAGAAUGAACUACGGGCGCAAGAGAAGGAGAUAUUGGAGGAGCUGGAGCCUACACACGAUGGCAGCACCAGCGCGCCAGGCGGCGCGGGCGACCAGCAAGCGGCACCGCCGCCGCCACUUGCCGCCGCCCCGCCCAAGUCCGCCGCCACGUGGUGGCCCGCCUCCUGGAUCCAUGGGGUCACGGCACCGCUGUGGCAAGUGCUGGGAGGAGGCAAGGGCGGCCGCCAGCAGCAGCAGCAGCAGCAGCUGGGUGACUCGGCCGCAGCAGCAUCCACCAUACCUGCUAGUGCAGGCCCCCACUCGGCGUCACCGCCUGCUGGCACGCGCACUACCGCCCUGACAAGCAGCUCUUGCAGCAGCUCGCCUCCCCCUUCUCAACAGCAGCCGUCUACGUGUUGCGCAGUAGCUGUGGCGCUGCUCGUGCUGGUCAAUGGCGGUGGGAGUGGCGGCAGGGGCGGCGGCGGCGGUGCGGCCAGUGCUGGCGGUGGUGUAGCCAACGCAGGCGCCUUCGGCGCCUGUGAUGUAGCAGAUGCACGCGGUACACGUGAGGGCUCACAUUCAGGGGGCGGACAGCCCAACGUCAGCACGGGCAGCACGGGCAGCACCACUAGCACCAGCAGCAGCGGCGGCGGCAGCGGCGGUGGUGGUAUCGGUGGUGGCGGCGGAAGGCUGCUGACAGGGCUGACGGGAUGGCUAGGCACGCCGUGGACGCGGCUGCCCAUGCCGCCGCCACCGCCGCCGCCGCCGCCGCCAGCAGCCACCGCGGCGGCGCACCGAAGCCGUGGCCCCGUGGCUACACCAGCAACUGUUGCUGUUGCAUCAGCAACGGCAGCGACCAGCGGCGCCGCCAGCAGGACGGUUGCGGCGGGCGGUGGCGGUUGGUGGUUGUGGUGGCAGCGGCGGCGUGAGUCAUGCACGGGUCCGAGCGCAGGCCAGGCCUCCGUGUUGCGUGGGGUCCAGGACGGGGAUCAGGGGGAGGCGGAGGAGGGCGAGGAGGAGGUGGCGGCGGCCACGACUGUGUGUCACGGCCCCGCCUGGCCGGUGGGCAGUGAGGUGGAGGUGAUCGUGCAGCUGCAGCGCCGGGGCGCACCUGGGGAGCGCGUCCUGCUGCGGGACACAGGCGUGCAGGUGGGCGUGGAGGUGAUCUUCCGGCGGCGCGAGGUGGCCUGGGUGCUACUGACGCUGCUGCUCCACCUCGUCGAUGUCAUCCUCAUCGCACCGCUGCGCGCGCUGAUGCUCACGGCGGCGGCGGCAGUAGCGGCGGCAGUAGCAUCUGCGCCGCACUGCCCGCGUCGCGGCCGCGGCGGCGCCAGCAGGCCUACUGGUGAGGGGCGCACCGGCAGUGGCAGUGGAGGCGGCAGGGUGCGCGGCUGCAGCGGCGGGGGUGGUGAUGGUGGCCGUGGCGGUGAUGGCGGCGGAAGAGGUAGAGGCACUGGUGGCGGUGUAAUGGAGGCGGCGCAGAGCAGGCGGGGCGGCGGUGGUGGUGGCAGUAGCGGCACCGGUGCCCGUGGCAGUAGCGAUGGCAGUGGUGGUGCCGUAGCGGCAGUAGCAACAGGAGGGGACGGAGGGUCGCCACCGGGCUCAGGCGUUGUCGUACAGUCGUAGCCGUUGUGCCGUUGUGCCGUUGUGCCGUUGCAGCCACAGGAUGUAUGAUGAGGCCAAGAUGAGGGUCGUCAUCAAUCGCGACAGUUACGCAAGCUCGCACCACGCGCCUGCUACCAUACUGCCGCAGCGCAUUUGUAGCUGUGAUUUUAGCUGUGUUUGAUGGGAGACUUGAUACCGUAAAUUGUAGACUGUGUUGAGCACAUCUCACCGGGACUGCCAUGUUCGUGUUGUCCCGUGUUGUCGGCUGAGCAAAGAAUUGGAAUAGGAGUGAGUCGGCAGAGGACUGUGGUGCUUUGGGAUUGUGUGGGAGGCGUAGUCCCCUAGUAGUGUGUGGAUAUCGAAGAUCGGAAGAUGUCUUGGGGCAAGUUCCCCUGGAGUGCCUGUUCGUGUGCUGCCUGCUUGCUCCUACAACCGUUUCUGGCAUCGUGCGCAUUCAUUUGCAGAAUCAUCUUGUCACAGCCGUGCGCCCACGCCGUUGCAUUACGCUAGUGCUCGUCUACACAGCUCAUCCGUGGACGCCGGUCGACUGCCUGCAGGUGCGCAUCGGCUAUGCUAUCCGCGCGGUGUGGCGUCGCAUUGAGUCUGUGUGGUGCUAUCGCCUUGGCCGGGCGCCCGGAGCGUGAGGAAUGCGCGUCAGCAAAACAUCGACAC